UAGAUGAGAGGAGGACAGAGAAGCUGCUCGAGGACUUUAUAUGCUUCACAGAAGUUUGGAGAUAACCGAAGACUGUUGCCCUUAUUUGUCCUACUAAACACGGUAAUGACUCGCGUGAAAAAUUAAUGCUUAUAGUGACUGUGCGCGCGCUUUUGAUACAAAUAUCUGACGAACGUGGACAUUAAGCAUCAUUUUAUAUGCUAUGAAGACUUUGAAAAGGGAUUUUUCUGAGAAGUUUCAUUUAAGAGCAUUAUAUAUUCUACAGCGUUUUAACUGUAUGAUGAAUUAAAUAUUAUUUGGCACUUUAUUAAUCUGAGGACUGUCUAUGGAGCAACACAAUCAACCCUAACACCUAAAAGUAUCAUCUUCUUGGCACUGCAUAUGCCAGGAAACUUCACAUUGACUUACUUCAUUCAAAAAAAGGUGACUAAACUUCCAGAAUGGGAGGCUCACCUCUACAAAUUGUGAUUUCUCUGUGGUGUCAUCUGGUUAUUGCUGCCUACAGUUUAGAAAUCGGCUCUUAUGAACUGGAGAGAGGGAGACCGGCUAAAUGUGAGCCUAUCGUCAUUCCCAUGUGCCAGGGCAUCGGAUACAACCUCACCCGGAUGCCCAACUUUAUGGACCAUGACAAUCAGAGGGAAGCUGCGAUUAAACUGAAUGAAUUUGCCCCUCUGGUGGAGUAUGGCUGUGAUGUGCAUUUGAGAUUUUUUCUCUGCUCUCUUUAUGCUCCUAUGUGUACAGACCAAGUGUCCACAUCCAUCCCUGCCUGCCGUCCUAUGUGUGAACAAGCACGUCAGAAGUGCUCGCCCAUCAUGGAGAAGUUUAACUACGCCUGGCCUGAAUCUUUGAACUGCUCUAAACUGCCCACCAGAAAUGACCCUAAUGCACUGUGCAUGGAAGCCCCCGAGAAUGACACUAAAACUGAGACUAAGAAGGGAGAGGGGAUGUUGCCUGUCCCGCCUAGACCCAGGCAGCCUGGGGCUGGGAAUGGUCGCUCAGGCGGCACCAUGGGUGUUUGUGAAAACCCAGAAAAGUUUCAAUAUGUGGAAAAGAGUGAGACAUGUGCACCACGCUGCUCGUCCGCCGUAGACGUGUUCUGGUCUAGACAGGAUAAGGACUUUGCUUUUAUUUGGAUGGCGGUUUGGUCCACUCUGUGUUUCAUAUCGACAGCUUUCACAGUGCUAACGUUCCUUCUGGACCCUCAUCGUUUCCAAUACCCAGAGCGUCCCAUCAUCUUCCUCUCCAUGUGCUACAACGUCUACUCGGUGGCUUUUAUCAUCCGAUCAGUCGCCGGUGCAGAGAACAUCGCAUGCGACCGUGAGAAUGGCGAGUUGUAUAUUAUCCAAGAAGGCCUGGAAAGUACCGGUUGCACCAUAGUCUUCCUCAUCCUCUACUAUUUUGGCAUGGCAAGCUCCAUCUGGUGGGUCAUCCUCACCCUCACUUGGUUCCUGGCAGCAGGUAAGAAAUGGGGUCACGAAGCUAUCGAGUCGCACAGCAGCUACUUCCACAUGGCCGCCUGGGGCAUUCCUGCGCUGAAGACCAUAGUCAUCCUCACCAUGAGGAAAGUUGCGGGUGAUGAGCUCACUGGACUGUGCUAUGUGGGCAGUAUGGAUGUGGGGGCGCUAACAGGAUUUGUCCUCGUACCUCUGUCUUGUUACCUUGUCAUCGGGACGUCGUUCAUCCUGACUGGCUUUGUGGCGCUUUUCCACAUCCGCAAGGUGAUGAAGACCGAAGGCACCAACACGGAAAAGCUGGAAAAGCUGAUGGUGAAAAUUGGCAUCUACUCCAUCCUGUACACAGUUCCCGCCACCUGUGUCAUCAUCUGCUACUUUUACGAGAGACUCAACAUGGACUACUGGAAAUUCAGAGGACUGCAAAGUAAGUGCACAACAUUCCCGGGCCGAAGGAAUGAGGACUGCUCAUUGGAGUCUUCAGUGCCCACAGUGGCCGUGUUCAUGCUAAAAAUCUUCAUGUCGCUGGUGGUGGGCAUCACCAGCGGUGUGUGGGUCUGGAGCUCAAAGACGCUUCAGACGUGGCAGGGGCUGUGCAGCAGAAAGCUGACAGACAGGACUUGCAGAAAGCACUGCAGCGGGAGCUGCAGCACCAGUCACUGCCACUACAAAGCACCUGCCGUUAUACUGCACAUGUCCAAGACUGACCCCUACUCAGACUGUCCCACACAUGUAUGAGGCCUCAUUUGUGAUGCACCGUACUGUGAACUUUGAGAAUAAGACAUGCGGUGCAGCUUUGUGGUGAACUUAAAACCCAACAUUGCAGCUAAUAUUAAAUUGAUAAUACUUGUUACUUAAAGGGAGAAGUUUGUAUCAUUGCUUGCUGUAGCAGAAUACAAGAGCGAUAUGCACAUCCUAAUCAGCUAAAUAUAUUUGCAAUUGUUCCUGCAUGGAGAAAUGCACAGUGUUCCCAUUUUAAAAAGCUGUUCAAUGAAUUGUUCAUAUGUUUAAGUACUUGUCCAGAUGUCUAUUUAUUGUAUAUAUAUAUAUUUAAUUUUGCUUGGUUUAUCACAAGUUGGCAUUGAUCAGUCUGUUAAUAAGUGCCUUUUUGGAAGAAGAUAAUAAAUUGUUCUAUAUUUUCAA